AGAAUCUAAUGUAACAAAGAGUUUAGAUAAAUGUAUCCAGGUUUCGGAUACACCAUCAAUGCUACUAAAACUGGAGGAAGAGAUGAAAAAAAUAAAAUUACAGCUGGAGAAGGAUAUCUUAUCCGAACAACAACGCGCAAAUGAAGCUGAGCGUAGGGCGUCUUUGGUUGCCAAAGCUGAAGAACAACGUGUAGCUGAUCUUGGUAAGUAUAACACGUGUACACUAUUUUUAAUUAUUGAAAUUUAUUUUAGUCAUCUUACACAAUUUUUGCUGCAACUUGGAACGCAAUCGCUGAUAUGGAAGCUAACAAGAUAUCGUGUUAUCUAUGUUAUCUGUAUGACCUGCAGCUAACUCUAUCGGCAUGUUCAUUUCAUUUCCAUCAUUUUUCAUCCCUUAAGAAUAUGUUAUGUAAAGAAAUGGACAAUGAAAUUGGACGCCCUCUUUUAGGACCCUGGCUAAAAGCCUGGCCCAAACAACAAUAGCAGCUCUUUGCUAUUGGUUGAUUUGGUGAAAAAAAGAAUACACACCGUGACGAUGAAACGACCAUUUUUUGCAGCAAUGUGAAAGCACGAACAAAAACAAUAUGGCGUCACCUUCGACCGUUUGCAUGCAGACUAAAGGAAAGCAUUUAGUCUUUAAAAAUAAAGACUAGAUAAAACCAAAAGAGCGACAAAAGGCGCGGAAAUAUUUUUGACGUAUAUUUGAAAGAGACGAGCACACAUUUCCUGCAAAUGGCAAGAGAACUUGUAAUUAUUUGCGAAGAAUUUAACCUACAGGUGCGAUGUCUUCUAUUUAUUUUCAAAGGCCUUUUUAUAUUAUCCCAACCAGACGGGACGGGACAUAGCCGGGAUCAUAUAAUCAUGCACGCUCUAACAUAAAUAACAACUUUCAUCUUCGGCAGAUAACACAAAAUUCGGCCAAUAAUUCUUCAUAUCCUGCUCAACAUCAGAAAUGUAUUUACAGUGCAUAUGAAUUUUGAACAGGUGUAUCUAUUUGGCAAAAUUUUCGACCUUUGAGCCUGGAUCUUCAUUAUUUAUUUACUGAGUAUUUGGUCUGGCAGAUCCAAAGCUGCGCCCUUUUCCUCGAAACAAAAUAAUUAUAUUUUAAACUAAAAUUAUUUGAAUUCUUUUGACAGAGGCCAAGCUGUCAGAACUGUCCAAUGUGGUUGGUAAAUACGAGAGAUUAAGAUCACAUGAUCAGAUGGAAAUUAAAAAAUUAAAAGAUCGUCUUCAUAUGUUCACCAUAACACCUAAGGAUGAUAAUAUGUCAGACAAUCGGAAUUUGGAAAAUGAUUUGAACUUGGAUAAUGAUAAUUUAGACGACGUGUUUCGCAAAUUGAAGGAUGUUCUACGGUUUCGAUUUGAAAAUCGAGAAGAAAUUCCUGAAUCGGGUAAGUGCAUUUCCUUUUAGGUAUAUACAAAACCUUGUAUCAAAUUGAAAGAAAUCCACUGUGGUUUUUCAAUUGCUCGUAUAACUAAUAUUUACUACUGUACAAUAUGAGCAACUGUGUUGUAUUAAAUAUACGACACGAGCAAAAGGCAAGUUAUAUGAAACGAACUGUGAACUUUUUUAUAAUUAUGAUACAACUACAUGAAAUAUAUAGAAAGAAUUUCGACGUUUCGAGCGAGCGUCCUUCGUCUUCAAGUUGGUAGCGUGGGUCGGGGAAAGACACAUGUGCUUUUUACUACUUAAUACAAAAGCGAUCACGUGAUGAUUAUAAACCAAUAAGAUGCAUGGAUUUAGUCAAGACAAACUGUAAACAAAAAUGUAAAUCACAUUUCAGAAUAUAUUAGUAUGAAAGUUAGGGGAGAAGAAAUAAGGAUAAUGGAAAGGUAUACCGGGUGUCCCAAAAAAAAGUACUCCGGUUUGAUUCGUAAUAACUUCUAAACAAGUAAAUCUUUUAAAGAGAAAUAACUUGCAUCAAAUAGAGGAAGGACUAACAACUUAGAUUUUGAUAUAUUAGUGUUGUAUUUCACUUAAAAAUUCACGGAGAUAUUAAUGUUUAAAAUCGGGAGCAUAUUUCUGGAUGUGUUUGAAAUAUGCAAAAAACGGCGUAACAAAUAUUAAUCAACAUUUGCCCGAGUGAAACAUGCACUAUUACCAGUAAAUAAAUGACAUUUGACAAAUCAGUGUUUAUUAUGAAACAAAGUAUUAUUAUCUACAAAAUACAAGCAAGAUUUAUUUGUCCGAAAUCCGUGUGCAUGUGUUCCUAGCACGAAUACGUUUCCUUAUUUCAUAAGACCACUGCAGAUCGCGAAGGAUCGUCAUGAAUAUCCGCGUUCGUAUAGUUCUGAAUUAGGGCAUGCUGUCACAAUAGAAUUGUGAAGCUCUUCUAACUUCUUCAAAGUUCUGAAAUCUUGUUAAGAAAACUCAAACUCUUUUGCCUUUUCUUAAUCUUGUUUAUCUUGUUAAGUUCAGAAUAAACUGAGAAUGAAACACAAUCAAACCAUACAACUCCAUAAGUCAUAACAAGCAACUCCCCAGAGACAUCCAACAUUUUUGGACAAAAUGUAACAAAAUAGUAGCGUCGAUAUACUGUGAUGUGUAUUUGCAAAAAGCAAUAUAUUAUUUCCUUCAUUAAAGAAUAAUAUUCAUCCUGCUCUAACCGAGAAAUAAUCAACUCUGUUUUUAACCCAUGAAAAACAUAAAAAAAUUAGGCUAUUUAAGAAAAAUUUAAGCCUGCCUUAGUGGUCUUUCAUGUACCUUUAAGUUUGUAAAGACCUAUUAAAUACUUGCAUAAUUUCGAACAUUCAUAUUUCAGGAAACAAUGAGCUAAGACUUACAUGCAUAUAUGUUAAGAUGUCUAAAUCUACGCCAUAUCUCUUAUACAAACCCUAACGACAAUUCGUUGAAAUACAAGUUAGCCUGAUAUGUCAUUAAACAAAGAAACGCUGGAGUUAUAUUUGAUAUGCCGAUUUUCGCUAAUUUUAGACACAUCCGAAAAUAUGCUCCCGAUUUUGAACAUUAAUAUCUCGGUGAAUUUUUAAGUAAAAUACAACUGUAAUAUAUCAAAAUCUAAGUUAGUCCUUCCUAUAUGUAAUGCAAGUUAUUUCUGUUUGAUAGCUUUACUUGUUUAGAAGUUAUUAUAAAUCAAACAGGAGUACUUUUUUUUGGGACACCCGGUAUGAAAGCAAAUUAUACUUUUAAUGUCUGCUGAUGUCAGACAAAGAAAGAAUAUAGCUAAGUACAGCAUCGUUAAUGCAAUGUGGACGGAUGUUGCAAAGCUAAAGUGAUGUCCCUUACGGCUAUCAUUGCUACCGGAAAUGGGAAAACGGGACAAACGGCUCCGAUUUUCAUAAAACUCUGUGAUUGCCACUGUUAAAACGUCUGGCAACAGGUCGGCAACAGGUUAAGCACGUUUAAGCAACUGUUAAGGAUAGUAUGAGCAAUAUCUCUUUUGUUAAAAAUGUUUUCAUAUUUGCACUUCAAUGCUUGGUAUCUAAAAUGAUUUGAUAAGGAUUUGAUUAAUAGUUAAAUUUCUUAUUUCAUAUCUGAACAUUCUGAAUUUGACAUAUGAAAUGUGCAUGUACAUGUGAAAGUGUUCUUUAACAGACAGGGUUAAUGUUUUUGUUUUAUUUUCACGACGUAUGCAGAUGAUGUUGGAUUUAGUAGGGCAGAUCUGGAGUGCAUUCUCAAAAACGACCCUGCUCACAAAGCUUGUCGUGAAGAACUUCGUCAAUUAAAAGAUGAAUUUGAGUGUUAUAAAGCCAAGGUACAAAUAAUGAGAAAGUCUCGCCUUGAAAGUGAGACGGACUCGAACAGCAAAGAUACAGAAAAAUUUAAAACUCAGAUUAAAGAUCUUAAAACGACGGUGGAGUCCUUACAAAAAGAGCUGGAAGACAAAGAUUGUGAGCUUGAUGUACUUCAAGAAAGGCUUGCGUACGAGAAGGUAAAUCUGCAAAAGUUACAUCAUUCGGAAUUGGAAAGUGAACGAACAAUCUAUGCCGCAAAAAUGCAGGAGCUUGAGAAGCAAGUGCAGAAUCAGCGCAGCAGGACAAUGUUAUUGAUAAACGAGAAGGAUUGUGAGAUUGAAAGGCUGAAGAAGAAAGUUGCCACAGAACACUCAGGGUCAUCGUCUGUACACAGGAAGAAUACAGCAAUGUUGUCUAGGAAACCUAGUUCUUCAGAUGAUGCUGUUAAUGAACUUCUGCUGCAGUCAAGCCCGGUAAUAACUAUUAUUACGCAUUACUUAUAAAAUCUCCUUUUUGAUUGGCUGCUGACCUACAAAUAAUUGUUGUUAUUAUAUAGACAACUACCAGAUAUGAGUUAUUCUGCAAUUUAAUUGGCUCUCUGCUAGCAGCAUAUUAGCUCAUAUACUGCCAGUGAAAAAAAAAAACAAGAUUGCGGCUCAAAAAUUACAGACGUUCUCUGAACGAGAAAACAGCAAGUUAUUUGCUUUUUAUAGCAUUAAGAGGAAUAGAAACACAAUGAAAAUACUUGCAGCAAUUGUUUACAGGUUAGCAAUUUUAACACUUAAGCUAGUUAAAAAAUGUAUUUCAAAAAAAAAUAAUGCUGAAAGAGCGAAGACAAAAACUUCAACGGAAUAUAAGUUUUUUGAAGAAAAUAAGGUGAAUUUUAUAGACGUGAAAUCAAUAAGCACUUGUUUUGUCUAAAAGCCUUAAAUUAAAUAAAUAAAAAUUUCUAGGUUUUAGUAAUGUUUGAAGUAUUAUUUAAAGAAAUAGCAGCAGCGGUUUUUCUGCAGGUUUAGGGCAAGGCAGUUGUAACUUGUGUUCAUUGCUAAACUAACUGUCAAAAUAUAAUAAAACAGUUAUUCUACUCACUUUCGUCGUAUACGACUGCAUGAUAGCCAACGCACCUCGUCGGGAAUCAGCUCAUAUACGACUCGAGUUCACAGAAUAACUGUUAGAUAUCGCGUAAUUAUGACAUCACACCCACAGACAAUAUUUUUCUAUAUGUAGACAUGACAUCAGCUCCGCAGAGACUAGAGAAUGAUCUCAAAGCUAACAUAAGCCAGCUUGUAAGGCCCACUCAAACCAGUCCAACAUGUUGAUCUAACAUCAUCCAACUUUGUUGGAUCUGUUUGAACAUCAUGUUUGGUAAUGUUGGGUAGUGUUGGAUUAGGUCUAAUUAAAAUUUGCUGGACGAUGUUGGAAUUGUUUGAACAGGUCUUUAUCUUAUUUUCUCAUUAUCUCUCCACCUAUAAACACAACAGUCACCUUUGGUACACUAUGCUCAGGAGCAAGCAUAUUGCGAAGCAGAAUUUAUGUCGCUAAAGAAACAACGCAGGGAACUAGAAGAAACUAUGCAAGAAGUCCGACUUAGGUAAUAAUUAUCGGUACAAUGGAUUUGCAGUUCAAGAAUGUUUCAUGAAAAUGAAUUUAAAAACCAUGCAAAGAAAAAUAAGUAAAGAAUGAAUUUCUUGUUGAAUUGAAUUUAUCAGUUAUUUACAUUUACGUAUGCUCUUUGUUAUAGAGAGGAACAAGCUUCUGAACAAGUUGAAUUGCUAAAGGAGGAGAUUCGAAAAUUAGAGCGCAAUUGGUAUGCGAAUGAAUUAUAAAUUACUUGAAAAUACGAUAUCUUUCGAUAAUUACGUCACAAAUAGUUCCUUGGCCUGGGAGCCUCGUUACCACGAAAGGUAAUUCGCUCACGAGUCAUGAGAAUGAGGCUCCCGGGCCAAGAAGAGAUUUGUGACGUAAUUAUCGAAAGAGUGCAUUGUUAAACGCUUUAGCUAUCUCUUUUCUUUGUAGUUUACUUGACCAUAGUAAAAAUACUAAACUAAAAGGUCGCCUAUUAAUUAGUCACACAACCCAUAUAGAGACCAUUAGCAUGAGCGAUAAAGAUGGCGUUCCCUGCACUUUUCUGGCCAUAUAUUUUUUCUGCAUAAUAUCAGCUCACAUUGUAAUUGGAACACUGCAGACUAUUUGACUCUUAAUCAUAUAGAGGGCAAAAUUACUCAAAUAUGAUUGGCUAGUGAGGAGGGCAUUUUUUCUUAAUUCAGGGCAAAAUUACUUGUACUUGAUUGGCUGAGACGCAAGCGCGGGAAGUUUUUCGUUUUAAAUAGCAAUAAAAACAAUGGCUUCUCGCUUUGUUGUUGCGGAUAAUUAUGUUAUUGAAGAAUUAAAAACUUCUAGUGAAAACCUGAACACUAGAAAAACUACGAAUUUAUUGGUUGGAGUAUUUAAGAAAUGGGCAGGCAGGGCAGCAUUAAAAAACAUCGGCGAAAAGGCGAAGACAUGGAGACAUGCACGAGGUUCAAGAACUUGACAAGUUCACAGUUAACUUACCAAUAAAUUUUGCCCUCUAUGAUUAACAAGUAAUCGCAUAGAUCCUCGUAAAAUUAAGGUUUAAUUUCACUUGUGUUUUCAAAGUUUCACAAAUUGCGAACUUUGAAAACACGCGUGAAAUUAAACCUUAAUUUUACUCGGCCCCAUGCGAUUACCUAUACUAAUUGAAUGAAUGCUGAUAAUUGUGUUACUCGAAUACAUUACACUACCACGUAUUCCAGUUAUGACGUUACACCUGUACACCUAUAGUAGGUCGAUUGCACUUUACGUCACGGCAGCCAUGUUGGUAUAUCAACAAAAGAAUAUCUUGUUCUUUCAUUGAAUUUGGCACUAACCGCCGUUUUAUUAUCUUUUUAUUAUGGUUGUUAUCCACCUAUUCAUCUUUUAACCGUCUUCUAAUCGUUUUUAAGCUCGCGUGAAAAUGCUAAUUUGGAAUACCUGAAGAACGUGAUAUUGCGAUAUCUUCUAACAAAUAGUGAAUCAGUUCGUCAGCAAAUGGUGGCUGCUAUCUCGGCAAUUUUAGAAUUCAGUCCACAAGAGGUAAGGAAAGAGCCCAGGGGUUUUAAGUUGUUUAUAUUUACCAUAUAAAAUAGUUUUUAUAGUGGUGGGAAGGAUCUAGGCCGUUUGAGUCACCAAAAGAUGAAAGAGAACUCUCGGAUGGAAUUUUAAUUUUGAUAUUUAAUUAACAUAAUUUACGAAGGUGGAAGAGCUUUCUCCGUAGUAUACAUCUAAUUUAAAUAGAUAUCUUGAAAAUGUACUUUAUUAACUCGUAGCAGCUAAUUUAAAAAUUCAAAAUAGCCCAACAGCCUAUGUAAAUGCAGACGAGUUGGUUUUUCACAGCAGUCUUGGUUGGAAACAGUUGUUGUGGGUGGUUUGGAUUAAUUUCAAUCGUCGAGGUAAUCAUUUGAAAUCUUCCCCAGAACGGAGGAAAUGCCAUUUCAGAGAUUUCAAAAAUUUUCUGGGGGAGCAUUCCCCUGGCACCCCUAGGGAGAAUGUCGUAAACUGCUCCUGUAUAAUAAGGUUAUCAUGGCGAGUGAAUUUUUGUCUUGUUUUUUUUUUAGAUAUCGAGGGUAAAACAAACAGCAAAAGGAUGGUGGGGAAGGUAGCUGGAAUUUGAAGAUUGGACUUUAUGAUGACACUACAGUCAGGAUAACCUGCUCAGCAGCCCCCACCCGAAACGAUUUUCCUUUGAACGAAAUUUCGGGCUGCGAGCAGGCUACAGUCAGGACAGUUAAAGAAAUACACACCUCACUGAGUGCAGAUAAUUUUUUAUUGAUAGUUAUUUUACAUUUAUAACUGACACCAAAAAUAGAAUAAUAUACAAAUAAUGACUGGGUAAUCUUUCAUUGAAUGAAAAUAUUUUUACCAUUGCACGAAUGAAAACAUUCAUUAUUUUAUAUGAUACCAAAAUACCGAAAAUGGAUCAAUUUUAUCGAAUUAAAUGC